AUGUCGAGCACCACCAAUACCACAUCUCCCAUAGCAUCAGAUGCCACCGGUCUAGUACCGCGAGGGUGUGUCCAAGUACGGCUUAACUUUUACGAACCGCCUGCCGAUGGCUCCCAGCCAUUCCAAUAUGCCGGCGAGCCACCAGAGGGCACUCCGGCGUUGAACUACGGCCAGCCGGCGCUGUCGAUCAGUCUGUAUGACAUACGCGGACACGAAAGCGAGUUCACGCUGGAAAAAGACGCCUUCCAAGCCCUCGAAGGUGUGCUAUCCCCCACACCGUACGAAACCUUCCUCUCCGACGAGACCGUAAAGCGGGAUUUCUACCCCCAAGUCGAAAAGCUCCUUCUGGACCACGUCAGCGGCGCGCACCGGGUCAUUAUUUUCGACCACGUCAUCCGCAUGGAACGCAAAGACAGCGAACACAGUAAGCCGUUGCACACGGCACAUGCAGACCAGACGGCGCGAGCGGCCGCCAACCGCGUGCGACUGUGCGUUCCGGACGCGGCAGAAGCAGAGGAGCUGCUGCGUCGGCGCUACCGUAUCAUCAACGUGUGGAAGCCGCUAAAGGGGCCGGUGCAAUCGUGUCCGCUGGCGUUUGCGAGUGGGUCGUCGGUCUCGUGCGACGAGUUGGUCCCGAUCGAGUUCCGGUUGCCGCAUCGUACGGGUGAGAUUGUGGGCGUGGCGUUCAAUCCGGACCAGAAGUGGAUGUAUUGGUCUGGGAUGCAGGUGGAUGAGUGUUUGCUAUUGAAGUGUAAUGACUCGAAUGAGGAUGUGGCGAUGCAGGUGCCUCAUUCUGCGUUUGAGGAUCCGAGAACUCCGGCGGGUGCUCCGGGAAGGGAAAGUAUUGAGGUUAGGGCUUUGGUGUUUGGAUGA